AUGUCUACUUUACCUGCAAGUAAAUCUGUCAGUAAAGUUGCAAUAGCAACUUCUAUUGAAGAAGAUAUAGCAAAAGAACAACAAUUUCAAGAAAUUGAAAAAUUGCAAGAUUUAGGUAUAAAUGCAGCAGAUAUAAACAAAUUAAAAGGAAGUGGAUAUUGCACAAUAUUAUCUUUAAUUCAAUCAACAAAAAAAGAAUUAUGUAAUGUCAAAGGUAUAUCUGAAACUAAAGUUGAUAAAAUAUUAGAAGUUGCUUCAAAAAUUGAAAACUGUUCCAGUUUUAUAACAGCAAAUCAAUUGGUUCAAAAAAGAAGUAAAGUAUUAAAAAUAACAACUGGGAGUAAAGUUCUCGAUCAAACUUUAGGAGGAGGAAUUGAAAGUAUGUCUAUUACAGAACUUUUUGGAGAAAAUCGAUGUGGAAAAACUCAGAUAUGUCAUACAUUAACUGUUACUGCACAAUUACCAAAAAAUUUGAAUGGAGGAAAUGGAAAAGUUUGUUAUAUCGACACAGAAGGAACAUUCAGACCUGAAAAGAUAUGUAAAAUAGCAGAAAGAUAUGGAUUAAAUGGAGAAGCUGUAUUAGAUAAUAUUUUAUAUGCUAGAGCUUUUACACAUGAACAUUUAUAUCAAUUAUUAGCUAUAUCUGCAGCAAAAAUGUGUGAAGAACCUUUUGCCUUAUUGGUUGUUGAUUCUAUUAUUUCUCUCUUUAGAGUCGAUUUCAGUGGAAGAGGUGAACUGUCUGAAAGACAACAGAAAUUAAACAAAACAAUGUCUAUUUUAUCUAAAUUGGGUGAACAAUUCAAUAUAGCUAUUUUAAUAACAAAUCAAGUCAUGUCAGAUCCUGGUGCAACUAUGACAUUUAUAGCUAAUCCAAUGAAACCUGUUGGAGGUCAUGUUAUUGGUCAUGCAUCAACAGUCAGAUUGUCAUUAAGAAAAGGAAAAGGAGACCAAAGAGUUUGCAAAGUUUAUGAUGCACCUAACCUUCCAGAAGUUGAAUGUGUUUUUCAAUUGUCAGAUACGGGUAUUAUUGAUGCAACAGAUUAA